UUUGACAUUGCGUUGUUUUCAUUUUAAACCAUGUUUUCAACCCACAAAAUUACUGCAAAUGGAAAUACUAUUUACAGAUGUUUAACAUACAUAGAGGACUUCUGUUAUGUAAAUGUUUUCUGUAAAAUAUUUUAGUAAUCCCUGGAGGAAUGUUACGUCUACGUUCAGAAAGCAAGUAGAUCAUUCUGGGAUCUUGAGCCAUUUCUGUGCCGCUGCUGAGGAAUCAGCCAAACACCCGAGCAAGAAACACAAAGAAACGCCUAAUAAACAGCUUAAAAGAGAAAGAGCUCCAUGCCAGCUGAUGUUGAAGCACUUUGAUCGGCAAUACAGUUGUGAACUUGGAAAUUUGUGGACAUCAGCAAGGGAAGUCCUUUUGAACCCUCACUCCUGGCAAUAUGGCGUCAUGCUCAACAGAUUCACAGCUGUGUCAAAUGUCACUCAAAGUCUAAAAUCUCAGGGAUUUUUCAGCAUCCUGCUACAGACAGAGGCCUCAUCAUUGCUGUGUGAUAAACCUACGGAGUCUUGUUUGAAACAGCCUCGGGAAAGUGGCUCAGUGCUGUCGGCUGAGUGCCUCUCUGAUGACUCUAAUCUUCAGUCUGACUGCGAAUCUCAGUGUCUGCAAUCAGAGCCAUCUCAAAGUCCUUUACUACAAUGUUACAUCCAUUCGCAUCCUCUGAGAUUUCCCUCACAAGCCCACAGACACGGCUGUUUAAAGCAGUAUUACCUUCUGAAUGCUGCCUCUCUCCUCCCAGUGCUGGCAUUGCAAGUUAAAGAUGGGGAGAAAAUUUUGGAUUUGUGUUCAGCUCCUGGAGGCAAAGCUAUAGCCAUAAUGCAGAGCUGCAACCCAGAUCUUCUCUGCUGUAAUGAACCUGAUCCGCAUAGACGGGAGUGGCUGGCCAAAACCAUGGAGUCUUUUCUCCCUCCCUCACUAAACAGCUGUGUGACUGUGUCUGCACAAGAUGGCCGUUAUUUUGGCCAAAGUGAACCGUCCAAAUAUGACAAGGUUUUAGUUGAUGUGCCGUGCUCCAAUGACAGAAGUUGGCUCUAUUCUCCAGGUGGCCUGCAAAGAUUAAGAGAAAGGGCGAUGCUACCAGCACUUCAAACUCAGCUUCUAAAGUCUGCGCUGUCAGCUGUGCGUCCAGGGGGCACUGUGGUCUAUUCAACCUGCACUCUAUCCCGCUCGGAAAACUGCGCUGUGGUGGAGGCAGUGCUCAGGAGCUGUCCUGAAGCUGAACCCGAAGACCUGUGGGAGGAGCUUGCUGUUCCUUUUUCUGAACACUUUUGCUUUCAAUGUGGUCAGGCAUCUCCUCUUCAGUGUGGCACAAUGCACCCCCCUGACUCCAGACUAGGCAUUUUAGUGGUGCCACAUCCUGGAAAGACCUGGGGACCUAUGUUUCUGUCUCGCAUUCGAAGAAAGGUGUGAUAUUUAUUUAUGUAAACUUGAAUCCUUUUCGUGGAUUGACAUAUUUAUAAAAAUCUUCCUUACUGACUUAGAUCCACUCGCAACCCUAUUUUUACAUUUUAUAUAUAGUUGACUGUUCAUCUGAAUCUUCCACUGUAGUGUUUCCAGCUAUGCUUUUCUAUCAAAUUUUUUUCAGUUUCAAAACAACUCUUAAAAUUCUACCAGUUUUACUGUGAAAAAGCACAACAAAACAGCUGCUCAGAUCAUCUUUUUUUUUUUUUUUUUUUUUUAAACAUGACUGUCACGUUUGCAGAGACUAGGAGUUUGAAAUUGCUGCUCCUGUUGUUAGUUUUGCCUGAAAAUGCAGCUUGACGUUGCCUUUUUCAUUAACUUGUUUAUUAACACCCUGAACAAUGUUUUUUCUAUUAUUAUGUACUAUUCAUCUUAUUCAGAAAGUUGCCAUGGGUGCCGUCAUUGUCAGUGUCCCUUUUGUUGACUGUGUGAUUUGGCAUAGGGCUGCCGAUCUCAACAGCAAAUUUUAUACAGACUACAAAGCCGUUAUCUUGCUACCCAGAGAAAAGGUGCAUUGUUGAUAUGUUGGUACACAUGAAAACCUACUUUAUACAAUAUUUAAGCAUCAGGAUAUAUUUUUUGGCAGCAAGACUUUCUCUAGUUCUCUAUUUAAAUGAAUGGAAUUCCAGCUAAAGUGGAAAUGUCAAGACAAAAGGCAGUGUGGGUCAGUAGUAAGUAAAAGCGGGUGGAGCAGAAUUUAUAACAUGGGAAAAGUUUUGACAUCUCUAUCAAUAACUGCAUUUACUACAACUAAUAAUAAUAAUGCAUCAAUUUUAUAUAGUGCUUUUCUGGACAGGCAAAGAUGCUUUACAGAGCAUUAUUUAUUCACUCCACUGGGUGAUAGUAAGCUACUAUUGUAGCCACAGCUGCCCUGGGGCAGACUGACCACCAUCACUCUCACACACACCACUUUCAUCUGAGGCAAUGUGGGUGAAUGUCUUGCCCAAGGACACAGUGAUUGAUGCCCCAAUGCUGCUAUUACUACAAUUACAGUUUACAGAAAUCAGCAAAAAAUCAUAAUGGGUGAAGAUGAUUUAAAAUGUAUCAUUAUAAGGUUUGAUAUGUUACAAAAUUUAUUUAUGUAAAUGUCCUUAUUAUUUUCUUAUAGAAAUAACUGAUGAAAAUUUCUCUCUAGUCAUUCAUAACAAGUUACAGAUUUGUCUUUGACCAGUAUUACAAAGUUCCAUCGCAGUCUCAUUAUAAUAAAAUGUAAUGAUCCUAUAUAUUCAAUAACGAGUCUGUCACACACUCUGCCUUAUUAAAGUAUAAGUGCUAGAGUAUUACAAUGAGUGAGAUCCGUCAGUCUGAGAGAUGACUUUUAUAAUCAUUUUUGUGAAAGUGUCUCUACUUUGACUCAGUCACAGUUCCUCCAGGAGCUCCUAUCUCCACUUAAUUUAAUAUUACUGUGUGCUUGAAGUAAUCUUCCUGCUGCCAUCAUACCCAGAUGAGCUGUUCUCUGUGAAUCAUGCUCUACAAGUGGAUAUUAUGUGGUCUAUGAAAGUUGUUCACAAUAGUUUAAUGUAAUAGCACCUGCUUUUGGGAAUGCCAACUUGCCACAUCUCUUGUGGAUGAUUUGACAAACUGUAUGUAUCUCCAUAAUAUAGGGACGGGACAAGAUUCUCGUGACUUUUUUUUCCCUAUGUGUUUACUUUUGGCCCUAAUAAAAAAUAAUUUAAGACUA